GUUUUGCACUUCCCCCACUAUUGGUUUAGUGUAUAAAGGGGGGAGGGGGGCAGAUCCUAGAUCUGUACCUUGGGGAAACUUCACCCCGGAGCCCACCUUUUUAGUGAAGCAGACGUAUGGGUUGUAGUUAAUCAUUUCUUGUCCCACAAGCCACGACACAUCCACACUGGCAGACAGUAGCAACCUGCACGUCAUUGCUAUUAAAACGUAUCCUUUCAAGAGGACCAGCCAUGUUAUGUGGGGUAUCCUUAGUUGUGCUCCUGGCUCUAUUGGGUUUGGGGGGUCAGGGUUUGGGUGAUCCCUUGGCGGGCCCCCAUCCGGGCCUACCAGCGGACAAGGACUUGUUCUGGGGAGCGGACCAGUAUGACUUUGCUGUCGUGCUGCGUGCCUCCGGACUGGAGUGCUUCUGGCACUUUGCACAUCAAGGGGAGCGCUUCUACUUGACUUUUAUGGUCCAGUGGGUCACUGGUGUUGGCAACGACAGACACUUAUCCGUCACUGUCAACUCUCCUAAAGGCUUGCUGUUGUCCAAAAUUGACGAAGCUACGGGUCAAAUCAACUUUGUUGCCGAGGAGACCGGUUUCUAUCAAAUGUGCUUCAGCAACUUCCACAACCGAUUUGGCAGCAUGCAGGUCUUCCUCAACUUUGGGGUGUACUACGACGGUUCUGAUCACCAACAGAAACAGAAGGAGGAGAAGAAGAAAGUCCAAAAAGACCUGAACAACACUCUGUCCACCAUAGAGGAGACUUCCCAUCGCGUGGAGGGCUACGUCUUCCACAUGUUUCGACAUUACAACUUUGGCCGCAUGCGGAAAGGCGCCGACUACUACCUCCUCCUCUCCAACUCUAAAUACAUCACCUGGUGGUCUGCGGUCCAGAGUGUGGUCAUCGUCAUGGCGGGCUACCUGCAACUCUUCUUCCUCAAGAGGCUCUUCAACACCAAGCCCACUACAGAAGCACCAGAGAAACCUCGCUGCUGAGUCCAUGGAUGGUUUUAGUAUUCAGUGCCCUCAUGCGCCCUGGUUGGGAUGAAUUCCAUUUUAAUUCAGUCAACCAGUUACAACACCGGGAAUUAAAUCCGAUCGCCCCUUUUCGGCUAUGCCCCUUUUAAAGGCAAUGUUCCUGCAUUUGUGGAGACCGCAUUCACGGUAAAUGCUGCAUAUGUUGGCUCAAUCACUAAUGACCUUUUGAAUUUCAAGUGCGCUAUUACGCGGAUUUACCACUGAUCGGAUAAAAAUCCCAGCCUUAAAUUCCAUUCCAUUUGACUGAAUUAAAAUAGAAUUGACUCCGACCCUGUUGUUAAUGUAACUAAUGGGACCCUGUUGUUAAUGUCACUAAUGGGAUCUGCUCCUUAUAUAUCUAUGUUGGAAUUUAUUAAAGUCUCACACGUUUUGACAAAUGUUGUCAUUCCAGUGCAUA